AUGAAAUAUUCGGGUCGCUGGCAUACGGAAGGUCAAACAGAAAACAUUGUAGCAGUGGGUGUAUACUAUUUACAUGUCGAUCCUGAACUUGAAGGAGGUACCCUUAAAUUUCGUCCGAAAAAAGCACCUCAAGAUUGGUAUGAUGGGAUCAAAACUGAUUUUGAAGUAACUUCGAUUUGCACUGGUACAGCAAUAGUUUUUUCGAAUUCGAUGCCACAUCGUUUUCGACAAAUCCGUAAUUUGACUCCAGAUGAUGGUCGCCGUCGAACGUUUCUCAAUUUUUUUAUCGUCGACCCCGAUCGACCAAUUUAUCUUCAGUUGAGUGAAAUCGUUCUGACACCAAUGGAUACGAUCAUGAGUAUAUUACGACAAUGGAAUCAAGGGCAAAUGCCAGAUUUAGUCUUGGAUAAAAUUCUGCGAAUCAUACAAGUGUCAUCACCGUGGCAAGCACAAGACGAAGCCAAAUUAUUUCGGGCAUGUGUACGAAAAGCAAUGCUGGAGGAAAAAAGCGGGUGGGGAUGGAUCUGUUGGGGUAAUUGUGGGACAACGGAGUUUGUUCGAGCACUGUGUGCUUGGAGCGCACGAGAGAGACAGGAAGUAAGAGGAGAACUACGUCAUACUGACUCGGAUUCAUGA